AUAUAAAAAGUAUGUGUGCCUAGAUAUAUCAAACACAGAUUUAAACCUGUACAGCAUGUGUCAUGAAUGUAAAUAAACAGGCUGUUGACAUGAUGGAAGUAUCUUAGUUUGAAGUAAUUUACAAAAUGUAGCAAUUUACAUUGCUACAAUUCACGUGAACGAAUAACAUGGAAGAAGUUAAAAUCUAUAUGGUUAUGAGUCUGGAAUUUCUGUUGAAUAAUCUCUGCAAGUCAUAUGCAUGACUGACAUUUCUACUGAUUAAGAUCAACACUCUUCAGAUUAAUUGAAGGCAAUUGAUCCACAGAGGGGAGAACUUCUGGAUAGAAUAGGGAGAGAAAGGAAACUGUGACAGGGUAUUGAAAUGUGUUUACUAGACCAUCAUACAGAUGUUUACUCUUGAUUGAACAGACAGUGGGAUUUUAUUAAUGACGUGACAUAACUGAAAUUGUGCUUCCCCUAAAAGAGGAUUUAAGGUGGACUGUUAGCACCUAAGAGGUAGUCUGAGUGGAUUUGUAAUACCUUUUUGUGUUGACUGGGAAGUGUUACUUUGAAGGACUGAUCACUGCUGUGGUGAAAAAUAGAAAGGUGGAUCAUUCAAUUAUCCCAGCAGGUGACAUAGGAGUGGAUGAGAUACCUGUCCUGAUCAUGUGAACAGAGAGGAAGUGACCACUAUGCUGAUGUUGUCUGGGAUAUGCGUAGUCUUCCUCCUAUUCUUUUGUUGGCAAACACAAGGAUUCCUGUUUCAAGAUGGAGUUGUUGUUCCCAAAGACCCUUACAUCUACAUUGGAAAUGAGCUGGUGUUGUCCUGUAAUCUAACCAGACCUCUGGAUGAAGACUCCAAGUCCAUGUACUUCACCAGGAACGCAAAUGAGCGGAUUCCUUCUAAGUAUGUCUCCAUUGUCGGCACACGCAGCAUCAAACUCCGAAUGCCAAUCCUGUCUCCCGAUGACAGUGGCAACUAUGUCUGUAAAAUCAACAAGACAAAUGGGAAGAUUGGCGUGCUUGGGUUCCAAGUGGUCACAGUGGAUUAUAAACCACAGAAGGUAAAGAAGGAAGACAUCAGCUGUAGGGUUUUUAACUGGGAGAAGAUGAAUUGUACUUGGAAGCUUGGUGUCAACUAUAUCCAUAUAAGAGAUAUCAAGGUGGAACUCGUCUGGGCAGUAGCAUCGGACAACAAGCAGUAUGAUUGCCCCCAUCAAACCAACACUUCCUGCGUGUGGUACUCUGACAAUAGCAAGGACCGCCUGCGAUGGAACAUGCCGUACAGUAUGGGGAUUCUGGUUAGCAAUGAGAUUACUAAGGACCAGGUGAUCACAACUUUUGUUCAGGACACGGAGUCUAUAGUUCAGCCAGACACUGUGUCAAAUGUUGUGAUAACACCCAACAGUACUUGUAUGACCAUUCAGUGGAAUCACUCAGACCAGAAAAACCUGAAACUCUUCCAAGUGCAAUAUAAAUCGGAGUGGAUGCAGACAGCUGAGGUUAUUGAAACAGAGGAGAUGUCUGCAGUGGCAUGUGACUUGAAGCCUCACACAUGGUACACAGUGGAAAUCAGAGCCCGCCCUUUGACCUCAAGGGGAAUAGAGACAGGCUUUUGGAGUGAGGCUGUUGCUCAUAUGGAAUUGACAAAGGAGGAUGUCCCUUCUGGCGCCCCUGAGGUCUCCUUUGGAAGUUUUGCUGAAUACCCAUGUGGUUUAAGAUUUUGUAGGAAGGUCAUAGUCUUCUGGAAGCCUGUGAAAAGAAAUCAGAGUAACGGUCAAAUCAUCCACUACCAUGUGAACCUGCUGGAUCUAAACUCAGGGGUAUCCAUUCCCAGCAGUAUUGGCAAUGUAACCAACCAGGAAUUCAGUAUUGAUAUUAACCACGCCUACAAGGUCCAAAUCAGCGCAGCUACAAGAGUAGGCACAUCGGAGCAUGCAGCUUCUGUCUUCAUCCCUGAACAAAGUCAAGAACCAAGGCAUCCAGAAGAAUUUGUAGUAGAGCAGUCAACCACAGACUCUAAUGAAGAAAAAAUUGACAUCAGCUGGAAGCAUCCAUCCUCCCCCAACCCUUCCUCCCAAGUCCGGUCUUACACAGUGUACUGGUGUAGAGGGGCCCAUCUCAUUCAGAUCUGCCAGGAAACAGUCAACUGGAAAGUUUUACAUCCAAAUAGUUCAGAGUUUUCCAUGGUUGUAGAGAGAAAAUCAGUCCCUAACAUGUUGUUUGGUAUAUCAGUAGAAACCAGUCCAUUAUUUUCAAAUUCCAGAAACUGGACGAGCUCAGGCAUUAAAUGGAACACCUGUAUCUACAAGAAAAAUGGAAAGCCUCUCAUUGCCCCCUCAAGAUUCCGCUUAUCCUCGCACAGUGAGGAGACGAGUGUGAAGGUGGAGUGGGAUUCCUUCCAAUGCCAUGAGUCGGAUGGUUACGUGCAGAAAUUUCUGCUGUUUUUCUGUGAGGCAGAGACACUGGAAAACUGUACAGGGGGAACAUUUAACAUAACUGUAGAAGGUCAGGAACAUAGCGUGGUUGUGGAAGAACUGGACCCCGGAGCCUCCUACAGAAUGUGGAUGAUGGCGGAGGCAGCAGGAGGGGCGGGGCCAAGCACUGACCCCCUCUACGCAACCAUUCCUGUGUCAGAUGUUCAGACGGAGGAAAUAGUUGGGAUCCUCGUGGCAGUGCUGGUUGUGUUUGCCCUUACUUUGUGUGGGGUCAUCUGCUGUAUCAGGCGAUGCUACCACACUGUGAAGAGUAAUCUACAGCCAUACGAUAUUGUCAUCCCCAAUGUUCAGGCUCCCCCCAGGUCUUCGGUGGUUUGCCAAGAGAGUUCUUAUCAGGAAGUGAGUAAAGCUCAAAGCAUGAUGCUUUACAAAUUUAGUCAGGAAAUUGAUGGAGAGGGCCUGCAAUCAUAUGAUAUAUAUAAGCUUGACUUACCAGUGCCAGUCAUACCGCCGAAACCCCCAUCAACUCAAAAGUCAAAAACGAAGUAUGAUGAAGAAGAUGAUGAUGAUGACAGUAUAUACGCCAAGAUCAAUGAUCUGGAUUCCCACCCCUCAUCGCCAGGAGAGGGUGCUGCUACAGUGCCGCUGCUGAACAAAAACAAAGCCAAUACUUUGGAUUCAGAUGUAAAGACAAACAUAUUUGAUGAUAAAGCCAGGUUAUUAAACAACAAUGCUUGUCUUGCUGACUCGAUGAGAAAUGGAGUUAUGAACAGUGCUGAAACUCUGCUGUGUAGACUUCACCCAUCCCAUAUAGCCAUGUACUCGUACAAUGGAGGCAAGUUUGUCCCAAAUGUGAAAUACAUGCCUCAUGAAAAUGUGAGUCAAGUGUUCAAGAACAGGACGAUUGAUACAGCAGCUCUGGCUUCCUGUUCACCGUAUGACUGUGUGGACGUGACGGGCAAAGCGUACUCUGUAAAAGAUUUCUGCACACGCAAUGGAAAAGUGAUUUCUGAAAAUGGGACCAAUACAUGUGAUUCCCUUUACUUGAAGAAUGACUUGUCGGGUUCACCAGUAGGCAGGAAGGAGUACAUGACAAAUACUGGUUCAAACCGAGACAUGAAGGAAAACUUUAACAUCAGGUUGACAUUGGACAGACGUAAAACACCAGACAGCUGUUCUGAAAAUGCUAACACAUUCAAUUUGCAUAAUUCUUCCAUUGGGGAUGAAAGAUAUCACAUUAACAGUGUUGAUAACAAAUGUAAUAUCAAUGACUCGGACCUUGAUAGCAAUCAGCUCUACCCAGCUAUCACGUCUUACUGUAAAGCUAACCCAACUUACCCAGUUGACCCAUAUUUGACAAACGAUCUGAACAUGAGCUUCCCCAGGUCGGGAGGGAAUGGCUACGUGGACCACAAUCAGUUUAACAUACAAUCGGGCACAGUACCACUGACUGAUUAUAUAACGACCAGUGCUAGUGAGAGACUCAGCAGAAAUCCUGAGGGGGCAGGGAACCAGUUGAACGUCCUAUCGGGGACCAGACCGGUGAGCGAGGUGGUCAAUGUCCCUCCACAUUUCUAUGGCUCCCUGUCUCUACUGGACAAUGAUGGUGAAGUGACUGAGCUCUGAUCCAUUGUCCGGGACUGAUUGGUGUACCACACACAGCUAGACAAUCCAACAAGCACAGUACUGCCUCUCCUUAUAUUGGCUGAUAUUUGACAUGAACAUGAUAUUAUUUAACAUUUUUUGUAGAAGUUGAUGCUGAUAUUAUGAUUUUUCAGUGCUUUGAAGGGAAAAAACCCUUCAGAAAUUUAACAGUUUUAACUUGUCAGACAAAACCGGGUAUCUUGAAUCAGAGAGGCACUAAGUGCUACAAAAUAUACAGAGCUGUUGUUGUCUGUUUGCUAGUCAGCUAAGUCUCAAAGUAAUGCAUUUAAUGCAGCUUGUCUAACUAAAAAAAUGCUCUGCAAAACAAGUUAUGAUGCAGUUCACCUUUUGUAAGAUUUGGAUACAAAUACAAUGUACAUUGUCAGUCAUGUGUUUUUAAUUUUCCAGAAUUUUACAUGUAGGUAUGUCUUUUGUAUCACCAUUGCUAUUUACUUUUUUCAUUAGAUACUUGAGUCAAAUUAAUUCUCUGUAUUUGUCAAUAUUAUGUUUACAUUUGUAAAAAGUUCAAGCUUAAAGCUACUAGGAUGCUAUGUGGAAAAAUUGUACAUAUUUUUAAAUGUUGUAGAAUGAAAUUAAGUGUUUAAAAUCUUAUGGUCUUCUAGAAUAGAAUAUAAUUCUAUUGCUAUGUUAUCUAUUUAUCUCUACCAUAUUGCAUUGCAAGUAAACUUAAAUUGUAGAUAAACUAUAUCACAGCGAGAUUCUUCUAGACUGAAAAAUUCUGACGUUGCUCUCAGUCUCGAGUCGACAAACUUCACUGAGACUGCUGAAAGGCUUUAACAGUGUUCUUUCUACUGGUUUUUUUUUUUUUUUCUUUUCAUUUACUGUAAAUGUAAAUUUUUAUAUUAAUGAAUUUACAUUUUAUAACUUCCCUGGGGAAAAAACGAACAUGUAUGUUAAUUGACUCAAAAUGACAUUAAUGCAUUGAAUGGUUAACUGUGUAUGCUGCUUUUUGUAAAAUAAGAAUGUUUUUAACCUUGUAAUCAUGCUGCUUGGAAUAAGGGUACCACACCUAAAUACCUCAUAAACUAUUUACUGAUUCUGAAUACCUCGAUAUGGUUAUUCAUUACACCAAUUUACAUUUAAACGCAUUUUACGAUAUCCUUUCUUUUUGGAUUUUUUUUAUAUUUUAUCAUUUUCAGCAAAAUUUAUCAAAUCAUAAAUGACUUUAUAUAAUAAAGAUUUUUUUGGUUAAGGCAUUUGAGAAAGAAAAAAAUCCCUGUAAAUCAUUUUAAUGACCUGUAGAGUAGGACAGGAGAAGAUUCUUUUCUUUUUUUCAGUAAAAAAUAAAAUGGAGAUUAGUAUUGCAUAAUAAAGUUCAACGGGCCUAAUUUACCUCUCAUUUUUUGAGAUGUUUGUAUUUGAAGUGUAAUCUGCUGUGUAUACUGUGCUUAAAAUAUAUGUUCCAUAUUUUUGUGUCUAGUUUAAUAUACAUGCACAAGUUUGCAGUUACAUCCCUUUAACAGUAUCAAUUGAUCUAUUUUAUUCUACUAAUGUAAACAGUAUCUGGUAAUUUUCCAAACUUCCAUUUUGGGCUUUUUUGUGAAUAUUUCAUAUUUAAAUAGUUCAAGAAUUUCAUAAUUCUCAAAAAAUAGAAUAUGCAGAUAUUAUUUGCUAUAUAAAACUUUCGUUUUCAUAAAAGUAUAAGUGGCACAAAUUAAAGUAAAAUUUGCAGGACACAUAAAAAAUUCCUUGCAUGUGAAAUGUGUUCAUUUCUUCAUUUGCAAAAAUGAUUUGUAUUUUUACAUUCAAAAAUCAAAAUGAUAAUAACCCCUUUUCACUGCUUUUGGAUUCAGUGAAGUGCUCAUUAAUGCAUGACCAACAUUAAUAUAAUUGUAUAAAAACAUUGGUUGUGAACCCAUAUUAUUGCUCAAAAUGUAUGAUAUAUUUAAUUUAAGGCUGUAAAUUGCUGAUUUACUUAUUUGUAAAUAUGACUGGUGAUUUUUUUGGCAGCAAGGUAAAGGCAUGGGCAUUGGCUGUUUCUUUAUAUGUUAAGCUUAUGUGUAUGAUCGUCUUAUUUGACUAAAAUAUGAAUCUCAGUUGUUGUUUAUGAUUUACAUUCCUGAAUAAAAUUUUCCAGCAAUAAAUCUGAAAUGAGCAUGUUUUAUUUUGAUUACUGCAAAUGUGUACAAUAUUUGACAGAAAUUUAUAUUUCAACAAGUUAGCGUUGGUUUAAAGUUAAUUCUAGAUGCACCUAAUCCUUCUACAUAUAACGUUAUAUAAGGCAGGGUUUUUAAAACUAA